AUGUCGAACGUUGGAUACCCACAAACAGGACUGACAGCAGACGACUUUUACAACAAAGCCGUCAACGAAGAGGACUCCAGCACACGUCGACGCCUCUUUGCAGACGCCCGUCAAUCGAACUUGUGUACCUACCAGAUCUAUGUCCUUGCGGCAGAGGCGGAGGAACGAUGGAAUACGGACAUCAAUCGUAUCAAGGUGAUCCUCACGAAAGGGGUGACGGUCUUCAAGAAUCCGGCGGGUCAAGGAGCCCACUGCGCCAAAGUAUCCAAGGCCAAUUGGCAACAACAGGCUGUCGAGGCUGCGAAGCGCGGUCAUCGCAAGACCGCGACUGCGUUAAAGGAGGUCAUUGCCAAGGAGCUUUGA